AUGAAUAGGAAAAGCAAUGCUAUCAAAAAUAUUAUUGUAUACCCCAUAUACUAUUCCCAUAUAGCUAAGGGUUUUAUAACUACAGAUAUAUCAAAUAUAAAAAUGUAUCAUAAAAAAGAGAAAAAAUAUGCAUUACAUUUUGUUAUAAAGUUUUUUAUAUUUUCCCUUUUAAUUUGGGUAUUACAGUAUUCUAAUAAUUGGGAUUUUUGCAGAUCGUGGAAUUAUGAAAAUAACUUAAAAAAUGUAUCAAUUUUAGGAACUAAAAGAUCAUUAGCAGAAAAUAAAGACAAAAUAACAAAAAAAAAAGGAUUAAAGCUAUGUGAACAACAAGAUAUAAUAACAGUAAAUUUUCAACCAUACGAUGAGCAAAGCGAAAUAGAGCAAGAUAUAGAUGUAGAACAAGAAAAUGAAAUACAGACAAAGGAGAAAAAUGGAAAAGUAAAAUUUAAUGAGAGAAUCUCAGAUAAAUGCAUAAAUAAUUUUAAAAUAAUUUCAUUAAUUUUAGCUUUUAACAUAUCGUUUGCUUCACUCACAUUAACUAUAGUAUCACUUUUAGGAGGAAACACAAUUUCUCCAGAUUAUGUUUUUAUAUUAUCCAAUUUAUCUCUUAUAAUAUAUACAAUCUUUUUAAUAUACGAGAAAAUAAAAAAAAAAAAUAAAAACAAAUAA